GACCCAUCUGCCCCGUCCAUCUCCACUGCCAUUUCCACUCACCCCAGCCGCCGCGCCGCCGCCGCCAAAACCCUAAAAAACCCACAAAUGGCGCCGAGCAGCGCCGACAUCGCCGACGACGGCUUCUCCGCGAAGCGCUUGUUCUCGCAGGGCGUCUCCUACACCUACGACGACGUCAUCUUACACCCGGGCUUGAUCGACUUCCCCGCCGACGCCGUCGACCUCUCCACCCGCUUCUCCCGCCGCGUGUCCCUCUCCAUCCCAUGCGUCGCCUCCCCCAUGGACACCGUCUCCGAGUCCGCCAUGGCCGCGGCCAUGGCCUCCCUCGGCGGCGUCGCCGUCGUCCACUGCAACACCGAGCCCCACAUCCAGGCCUCCAUCGUCCGCGCCGCCAAAUCCCGCCGCCUCCCGUUCGUAUCCUCCGUCCCCUUCUUCUCCCCGGCCUCCGCUCCAUCGCCCAACGACUUCGCGGGGUACGAUUACGCCAUCGUCACUGAGCGCGGCGAUUCACUUUCAAAGCUCGUCGGUGUCGCUGUCGCCGCCGACGCCGCCUCGUCUGGUUCACCUGCCCCAGUAUCCGAAUACAUGCGCCCUGCCCCGCGCUCCGCCUCGGCCUCCUUCGACUUUGAGCAGGCCGCUGCCUUCCUCGCUGAUGAGGGUUUGGACUACGCCCCUCUUGUGUCCGAGGAGGGCGAGGUAAUUGACCUCAUCACCAACAAGGAUGUUGAGCGAAUUCGAAGCUAUCCGAAGCUAGGCAAGCCAACUCUUGGAGCAGAUGGAAAGUUUGUAGUUGCAGCCUCCAUUGGGACCCGUGAGGAUGACAAGCAAAGGCUAGAGCAGCUAGUUCAGGCAGGGGUCAACGCUAUCGUGAUUGAUAGCUCUCAAGGGAACUCUAUGUAUCAGCUUGACAUGAUAAAGUAUGCGAAGAAGAUGUAUCCAGAGGUGGAUUUGAUUGGAGGUAAUGUGGUGACAAUUGCACAGGCGCAAAAUUUGGUUACUGCUGGAGUCGAUGGCCUGCGUGUUGGAAUGGGCUCUGGCUCAAUUUGCACAACCCAGGAGGUUUGUGCUGUGGGUAGAGGGCAGGCUACUGCUGUGUACAAGGUUGCAUCUUAUGCCAAUGAUCAGAAUGUCCCAGUUAUAGCUGAUGGUGGAAUUUCAUACUCUGGGCAUAUCGUGAAGGCUUUGGCACUGGGGGCAUCCACUGUUAUGAUGGGCAGUUUCUUGGCGGGCAGCCAUGAAGCUCCUGGGGCAUAUGAAUACAAGGACGGCCAUCGAGUAAAAAAAUACAGAGGCAUGGGCUCCCUUGAAGCCAUGACAAAGGGGAGUGAUGCAAGGUACCUCGGUGAUACUCUGAAGCUUAAAGUUGCACAGGGAGUUGUGGGAGCUGUAGCCGACAAAGGUUCUGUGCUGAGGUUCAUUCCGUAUACAAUGCAAGCAGUCAAGCAAGGAUUCCAAGAUUUUGGUGCAUCCUCUUUGCAGUCAGCUCAUGAUCUUUUACGAUCGGAAACUCUUAGAUUGGAGGUGCGGACAGGAGCUGCGCAAGUGGAAGGUGGAAUUCAUGGGCUAGUGUCAUACGAGAAGAAGUCAUUCUAGUUCCAUCUUUAAUCAAGGAUCAGGAUAGUAGUUGUCUGCACGCCCCAUCGAAAGGUGACAGUGGUAAUACCGUCUCCUGAUAGUUCUUCAGUCUGGGCAGCUUGCCAGCUCUUUUAUGGAAAUGUUCCUCCCACAGGUCUACCAUUAACAUGGGCAUCAUUAUCUAUGAUUCUCUGUACCAUUACAAUGUGUGAAACAUUUGACAUCGUUAUCUGUUUACCAUUACAAUGGUUUGUAACAAUAAAGAGUGCUGUUUCUAUUUUACUUUCUGGGAGCAAGACUACCAAUUGUUUCAUGAUUGAACCAACUGAUCGUUGUACUGGACGGCGUUGCAACCUAUCGCCUGUUGCAGGCAUUUUGGGGCCGAAAA